CCUACCCUAUUCAUUAAGUACAGAGGCGGUCAGAGGAGCCAGAUGUAAUCUCAGCAGAACAACCGUCGAUAUCGGAGACUGAAGCUUUCGUUCUACAUCGAUACAGAUUUGAGACUGGUAGAGACUGAACAGAAGAGUGAACUGAUCUGAAGCUUUGCCUUUUGUUGGGUGUCUUAUCGAAAUCGGAGAGGUACCUUUUUCCGUAACUUUCCAGGAAUUUGUCCAUCUACAAGGAAAAUAUCCUUUGUAAAGUGAUCUCGAGGCAGCAGACAACAAGGCGUUUCAUCAACAUUUGUCCGCCGACAACUGUCAGCGCUGGUUGUAACCUAACUUUAUUAUGUACAGAGGCGGUCAGAGGAGCCAGAUGUAAUCUCAGCAGAACAACCGUCGAUAUCGGAGACUGAAGCUUUCGUUCUACAUCGAUACAGAUUUGAGACUAGUAGAGACUGAACAGAAGAGUGAACUGAUCUGAAGCUUUGCCUUUUGAUAACAACAACAAUGUCGGAAGCACCGAUAACAGUCAAAGAAGGAUGGAUACUAAAACGAGGUGAGUACAUCAAGAACUGGAGACCCAGGUACUUCCGACUGAAUUCCAAUGGGGAAUUUCGUGGUUACAAGGAUGCACCUAAAGGGAAAGUAGAGCCAAAUGCCCUCAAUGACUUCCGCAUAGAAAAAUCAAUGAUCUUGAAGUCAGAGAAACCCAGACCCAACACAUUCAUCGUUCGCUGCUUUCAGUGGACCACUCUAGUAGAGAGGACGUUUGCCGCAGAUUCAUGUGAAGAAAGGGAAUCUUGGAUACAAGCAAUACAAGGAGUAAACGCCACAUUGGAGAACCAACAGACCAACGCAGGCAAUGGAGUAAAAGAUGACAGCGACUCAUUUACAAUGGAUGAUUUUGAUGUGCUGAAAGUUCUAGGAAAGGGAACCCUUGGCAAGGUGGUCCUGGGGCGAGAGAAGAAGACGGGCGAAGUGUUCGCCAUCAAGGUUUUCAAGAAAGAAGCAUUUCUUCAAGAGGAUGAAGUAGAGCUAGAGAACUCAUUGACAAAGAACAGAAUGGUACAAAAGAUAAGUCACCCCUUUUUAGCGUCCCUCGAGUAUUUUUUUCAGACGUCAGAUCGACUCUACUUUGUGACGGAGUAUGUGAAUGGAGGUGAGCUCUUCUUCCAUUUAUCCAGAGAUAGGGUGUUCACGGAGGAGAGGGCACGGUUCUACUGCGCAGAGAUCGUCUCCGCCCUUAGUUACCUUCACGCACAGGAUGUCAUCUAUAGAGAUAUGAAGCUGGAGAAUAUUCUCUUAGAUUCAGAGGGACAUAUUAAGAUCACAGACUUUGGGCUCUGUAAACAAGAAAUCUCCUACAGUGACACGACAAAGACCUUCUGUGGAACACCAGAAUAUCUAGCACCCGAAAUCCUUGAUGAAAACGACUACGGGAUGGCGGUAGACUGGUGGGGCACGGGCGUGGUCAUGUACGAGAUGAUGUGCGGUCGGCUACCGUUCUACAACAGGGACCAUGAGGUUCUCUUUAAUCUGAUCCUGAAGGAGGACGUCAGGUUUCCGAACCGGCUGUCCGAAGAGGCCAAGUCUCUCCUGAGUGGAUUACUGGAGAAGGAUCCUAAGAAGAGGUUAGGAUAUGGGCCUGAUGAUGCCAAAGAAAUCAUGAGACAUCCAUUCUUUGCUCCGAUCAACUGGGAAGACAUCUUUGAGAAAAAGGUGCAACCUCCCUUCAAACCUGAAAUUAAAAGUGAUGCAGACACAACAUAUUUUGAUCGAGAUUUCACACAAGAGCGCGCACGGCUUACUCCACCACCAGCAGGUACAUUGGCCACCCAGCAUGAAGAGCAGUCUCAAUUUGAAAAGUUCAAUGUAUACACGGAUGAUGUCCCCCUGCAAAAAUAAGCCAAGCAACCCCAUCUCUCUCCAUCUCACUUCUGUUUCGCUUCGAAGUCCUCACCCGACCUCUCCACCCAUUGGCAAUCAUCAAAACAUCUCUUCGCCUUCGUCAGCUUGCUCUGAGCGUCUUGUGGUAAUGGCUUUAGCGACCAGGUUGAGGGUUUGUCGUUGCAGCUUCAAUACUAGCUUAUCAUUGAAUCAUCGGACUACUCUACAUGGAGUGAUGAAACUUUGUGAAUCUGACUUGUGAUAGCAUUCAAACAAUCACCUCUUCAUGAUGCAGUUGACCUCUGACCUCUGAUGUACUGAAGAAGAGGAGGGGUUUCCAUAGCAACUGAGCAUGAUUAUUUGUCACACUUCAUACAGUGUCAACAUACAGGGAGAAACAAUGGAGAAAGAAAGAGCAAUGGUUGCAAGUUGCGAUAAACUUCCAGGAACAUUUGUGCUGCUUAUUUUGUGACUGCCAAAAAGAAGAAG